UUUUUUUCGGCAAACUAGUGUGUUUAUGUUUCACAUUGUUCUGUUGUUGAUGUAUUCAUAUUAACAUUUUCUUACUUGUUUUAAAUUAAUUUAUCAUUUUGUAUAUUUUGUGUUAUAAAUAUGUCUUUAUCGUCGACUAAGGAAGACACCUCCACAUUAGCCAAUCAAUUGGAAAAGUCAUUGACGAUUAAAGCAGAAACUACAGAAAUAGAAUCAAAUGGAUUAUCGCCUAAGAAAUCCCAUAAACAUCAAAAUUACUUGAUUUGGGAUGAUUAUUUUAUGGCAAUGGCUCUUCUGUCGGCUAAACGAAGCAAGGAUCCGGUAACCCAAGUGGGCGCCUGUAUUGUGGACAAGCAGAAUCGAAUUGUGGCAAUUGGUUAUAAUGGAUUCCCGCGCAAUUGCAGCGAUGAUGUGUUUCCAUGGACAAAGAAUAGUGAGGAUUCCAUGGAGGACAAGAAACUCUACGUGGUUCAUGCUGAGGCUAAUGCUAUACUCAAUAGCAAUAGCACAAGCCUAGUAGGCACUUGCCUCUACACAACGCUCUUUCCGUGCAAUGAAUGUACCAAACUUAUUAUACAGUCGGGCAUCCAGAGGGUUCUUUACAUAUCCGAUAAAUAUGCGCAUAAAGCCAAAUAUCGGGCAUCGAGACGGAUGCUCGAUGCUGCUCGUAUUACAUAUUCCCAUUAUGAGCCAACUCAAAAAGAAAUUGUCAUCAAUUUUAAUGACAUUUGACGGAUCAAAAUCCUAUAUGUAUAUUUUUGGACAAAGUCUCAAAGAUUUCUAUAUUAUAGUUGUAGUUGAAUUUUUUAAUGAUAUGUGUGUGUGUUUGCUGUGCCAAGUUCAAAAUACAUAUUCAAUCGUAUCUAUCUAUA